UAAUUAUUUUUUAUGUGAGAUACUUAAGUAACAUAACACCAGAUGACGCUGUUUCUUUUUCAACAUUAGAUUGUCUCGUCUUUCAAUUUCUUUUUAUACGUGUAUGGAGUAGACGAAGUGACAUUAUAUCUAACAAAAGCGUGAAGUGCGGAUGCCUAUAGUCCUGUCUCCGUUUGCUUAUUAUCUUUUUGAUAUCCACGUUUCUUUAUACCAAACUAUUGGAUAUCGAGGAUAAUGAAAAUAUAGUGUUAUUGAAUAACAAUCGGGAUACGGUGUAUACAAAUUACUUUGAAACAAAAAAAUAUAGGAGGUUAUCAUAUUAUUGGGAAAACAUUAAUUAUACUAAUGAUAAGUAAUACAUUUUUUUCUAAUCAUUGUAAAAAAGUAUUUUAAAAGUGGAUUAUUGUCAAAAUAUAAAUUAUGCGACAUUUGUAAGAUAAAAGAAAUUUAUAAAGGAAAGAGAAAGAUCCAACAUGCCACAGAACGAGUAUAUCGAGAGGCAUCGUAAACUAUAUGGACGACGUUUAGAUUAUGAAGAAAGGAAAAGAAAAAGAGAGGCCCGUGAGCCUCAUAAACGUGCGGAACGUGCUCGUACUUUACGUGGUAUAAAAGCAAAGAUUUUCAAUAAAGAACGAAGAAAUGAAAAGAUCCAAAUGAAAAAGAAGAUUAAAUCUCAUAUGGUAAAGAAAGUGAAAGAAAAAUCUUCCAAUGUACCAGAAGGAGCACUACCUGUAUAUUUAUUGGAUCGUGACAUUAAAAAAGAUGCAAAAGUAUUGUCAAAUAUGAUAAAACAGAAACGUAAAGAAAAAGUUGGGAAAUGGGAUGUACCGAUACCUAAAGUUAAAACACAGUCAGAAUCUGAAGUCUUCAAAGUAAUGAGAAGUGGAAAGUCUAAACGCAAAUCUUGGAAAAGAAUGGUAACAAAAGUGACAUUUGUUGGUGAGAACUUUACUAGAAAACCACCAAAAUUUGAAAGAUUUAUUAGACCAAUGGCACUUCGUUUCAAAAAGGCACACGUGACUCAUCCUGAGCUAAAAGCCACAUUUUGUUUACCUAUUAUUGGAGUUAAAAAGAAUCCAAGUUCACCAAUGUAUACAAGCUUAGGUGUUAUUACUAAAGGAACAAUUAUUGAAGUGAAUAUUUCAGAAUUAGGUCUUGUAACUCAAUCUGGAAAAGUAGUGUGGGGAAAAUAUGCUCAAGUUACAAAUAAUCCUGAAAACGAUGGCUGUAUCAAUGCUGUAUUACUUGUAUAAAUUCCUUUUGUUGAAUUAUUGCAUUAUGUAUGCUGAUAAUAUGUCUGUAAUAAAAAUUGUUUAAAUGUA